AUGACAGCCACCUCUGCAGUGGAAACACCAAAAAUGAAGAAGAGUGCCUCCAAGGAAGAGAAGCAGCAGUCUAAGCAAGAGAAUACGGAGCAAGGCAAUCCUGAUUCUGAAGAGUGGCUGGGCUGUGAGAGUGAUCCUGAACAAAUGAGCCUUAAAAACAGCACCAAUGACAAUAGCUGCCAACUGGGAGAUGUUCAAUUGAAUAAAAAGGAGAUCCUUUGUAAGCCACACCGCCAGCUAUGUAGAUCACCCUGCCUAGAUCAUCCAAGCUUCUCCCAGAGCAGCAUUCUACAUGAUGGGAAGCUUGACUUGGAAAAAGAAUACCAAACCAAGAUGGAUUUUGCUUUAAAGUUGGGUUAUGCAGAGGAACAGAUUCAAUCAGUGCUGAACAAGCUGGGUCCAGAAUCGCUUAUUAAUGAUGUAUUGGCAGAGCUUGUCAGACUUGGGAACAAAGGUGAUUUGGAAGGGCAAGUCAACUUGAAUCUGUUAGGGCCUCGAGGGCCCAGCUCCAGAGAGAUCACAAGCCCUGAGCUGUCUCUUGAAGAUGAAAUAGACAACAGUGACAAUUUGAGGCCAAUUGUCAUAGAUGGAAGUAAUGUGGCAAUGAGCCAUGGGAAUAAAGAAGAGUUCUCCUGCAGAGGAAUACAACUUGCUGUGGAUUGGUUCCUAGAAAAAGGCCAUAAAGAUAUUACUGUAUUUGUGCCUGCAUGGAGAAAGGAGCAAUCCCGCCCUGAUGCACCAAUUACAGAUCAAGAUAUCCUACGUAAACUGGAAAAGGAGAAGAUUCUUGUCUUCACACCAUCCCGAAGGGUCCAGGGCAGAAGAGUUGUUUGCUAUGAUGACCGGUUCAUAGUCAAACUGGCUUUUGAUUCUGAUGGCAUCAUUGUAUCCAAUGAUAACUACCGAGACCUUCAAGUCGAAAAGCCAGAAUGGAAGAAGUUUAUAGAGGAGCGCUUGCUGAUGUAUUCUUUUGUGAAUGACAAGUUUAUGCCUCCAGAUGAUCCUUUAGGACGUCAUGGCCCAAGCCUUGAAAACUUCUUAAGAAAGAGACCCGUUGUUCCUGAACACAAGAAGCAACCAUGCCCUUAUGGCAAAAAAUGCACCUACGGCCACAAGUGCAAAUACUACCAUCCGGAGCGGGCCAACCAACCGCAGCGUUCGGUGGCUGAUGAGCUCCGCAUCAGUGCCAAACUGUCCACAAUAAAAACCAUGAGUGAAGGCACCCUGGCCAAGUGUGGCACAGGGCUGUCUAGUGCCAAAGGUGAUAUAACCUCAGAAGUCAAACGCGUGACCCCCAAGCGUCAAUCGGAUCCCAGCAUCCGGUCCGUGGCUGUGGAGCCUGAGGAAUGGCUGUCCAUUGCCCGUAAGCCUGAGGCCAGCUCUGUCCCCUCACUUGUGACUGCUUUAAGUGUCCCCACAAUCCCACCCCCCAAAAGCCAUGCAGUGGGUGCCCUCAACACCCGUUCAGCCAGCAGCCCAGUACCAGGAUCCUCUCAUUUCUCCCACCAGAAGUCCUCUUUGGAGCACAUGACCAGCAUGCAGUACCCACCCAUCCUGGUUACCAAUAGCCACGGGACCCCUAUUAGCUAUGCUGAGCAAUACCCAAAGUUUGAGCCCUUAGGGGACCACAGCUACUAUUCAGUGUUAGGCGACUUCUCCAAACUGAACAUCAACAGCAUGCAUAAUCGAGAGUACUACAUGGCUGAAGCAGACCGGGGGUUGUAUGCCCGGAAUCCCAACCUCUGUCCUGACAAUCGUAUGAGCCAUACCAGGAACGACAACUAUUCCUCUUACAACAACCUGUACUUGGCUGUAGCUGAUACUCAUCCUGAAGGCAGUUUGAAGCUGCAUCGCUCAGCAUCUCAGAACCAUCUUCAGCCUUUUCCUCAUGGUUACCAUGAAGCCUUAACGCGAGUGCAGAGCUAUGGCCCAGAAGACUCUAAGCAAGCCCCCCACAAGCAAUCAGUCUCCCACUUAGUUCUGCAUGCCCAGCACCCAACAACUGGAGCACGCUCCAGCUGUCCUGGAGACUAUCCCAUGCCUCCCAAUAUCCAUCCUGGGGCAACCCCCCAGCCAGGACGUGCCCUGGUGAUGACUCGGAUGGACAGCAUUUCUGAUUCUCGCCUAUAUGAGAACAAUCCCAUGAGGCAAAGACGUCCUCCUCUGUGUCGGGAACAGCAUGCCAGCUGGGACCCACUGCCCUGUGCAACUGACUCCUAUGGCUACCACUCCUAUCCCUUGAGUAACAGCCUCAUGCAACCAUGCUAUGAGCCAGUCAUGGUACGGAGUGUGCCUGAAAAGAUGGAGCAGCUUUGGAUGAAUCCUUGGAUUGGAAUGUGCAAUGAUUCCAGGGAGCAAAUGAUCCCAGAGCACCAGUAUCAGACCUACAAGAACCUCUGCAAUAUUUUCCCUUCAAACAUUGUUCUUUCAGUGAUGGAGAAGAAUCCCCACACAGCAGAUGCCCAGCAACUAGCAGCCUUGAUUGUUUCUAAGCUUAGGGCUGCACGUUGA